GGCGGCGGCAGUAGUAGCUGGCGUAGGUUUGGUGUGAUGGCGGCAGCAUCCUGUGUCUGAGGAGGUCUCGACCAAGAUUCAUCACUUUCAACUCCCUCCUGAUGUGUCCACAUCAGGGUAUCCCGUUUUUCCCCCAGUUCCCCAAGAACGCCUCCCCCCUGACUAGUCCCAGAGGAGCAGUUUUGGUCUAAUACUGCAUCCCUACCCUUAGAAUUCCCUAUUUCAAUCUGACAUUGUGGCCUUUCCUGUGCUGUGCGUCGAUUGCCCCGCGCUGGGAGAGCAAGGGCACAAGACACCAGGGAGACAGACCCCUACCGCAGGCUAUGAGUAAGAGUCUGAGCUGGUCCGAGCAGCUCGACGCGCUUCUCAGUGCUACUGACGGAAAUGUGGCCAGGAUUAAGCAGCGGUUGUAUCCCCUUGGCGUCUCUGCUGCAGCAGGAGAUCUGACUGGAACCUGGAUUUCCCCUCAUCACUUGCCUCCCCAAGCAGGAGCCCAAGCUCAACAGCCUUGGGCUCUAGAGACUCCUAUUGUCCCAGAGAGAAUGGGUUGGGCUGAGACCCAAAGCACAUUGUCUCUCAGGGAUGAAGUUACAAAUCUCAGAUCCCAGCUUCGAUCCCAGGCUCAGGUGACUGAGGCACUAAGGCAAGCUGUGCAGGGCCUUCUGGAAGAGCAAGACCAGCAGAAGUACCAAAUUUGUGCCCUGGAAGCAUCACUAAGGUUGCUGCAGCGGGGCCCAGAGCGGAAGGCUCUUCUUUUGGAGCAAUACCUGGACAGGCUUAGAAGGGAACUGCAGGGCCUUCGAAGCCAGGUGCAGGAACAAGCCCAAGCUCAAAUACAAGCAGGACCACAAAAGUGCAGUGCUACCAGUGGCCUUCACCAAGAGCUACAGAAUGAGAGGCAACUGCUGUGGGAGGAGUCAGAGAUUCUGAGGGAGGAACUGAAGUUGCUGCGGGACCAGCUGACCCAACAUCAGGAGCUGAUGCUGAAACAGAUGGCUGAGGGGCGGCAAGCUCAGGCCCGCAGCUGGAAGAUCUCCAGAAGAGCACCCUUUCUAACCUGGAACCCAGCAACUUUCAGCUCCAGGCCCAGAGUCUUGAGUAGGAGGACCUGUCCUUUAAUGGCCCUAAGGUGCUCCUGAGUGACCUGUAAGGACUUGUAAGAUAAAGACUCCUUUGCUCACCUUCCCCUCCAAGGCCCUAUUUCUGGGAUCCCAGCCCCUCCCCUAUUGAUUCACCUGGUAUCUGCCCUCCCUUCUGAGGCUUGUCGCUGCCUGCCUACUUGCCCACCAACUGCAGUAAAAUGGUUUAACCCUCCUUGAUGUGUUUUCUGUGAAUCCGUAUCCACAUGGCAUAGACUCAGCUGUACCUUUUCCUCCUGUAACAUGUCUGCU